UAUUCAUCUCCCGCAUUAGAUAAUAAUAACAAUAAUAAAAAAAAUUGUAGUUAUUUGAUUCCCCUUUCAUUUCUAACUCGCGCACACUUCCUCCCUUCCCUUCCUUCAUGUAGGCUCUGCAGCAACAACAGCUACCAGCACGCAGCAAGCAGCAGCAUGGCCUCACUCUCUCUCCUUCCUCUCCUCUCUCUCUUCCUCUCCCUCUUCCUCCUCUCCCAUCUCUCCUUCUCUCCCACCGUCGUCGUCGCCGACUCCCACUUUGAAGGCUUCGAAGACGCCGACGGCAUCGACGACGCCGACGACGAAGACUCCUCCCUCCCUCUCUCCACCCUCACCCGCCCUUCCCAAACACCCCUCACCACCACCCCCUCCCAGCCCGACUCACCUCCCUCCCCGGAUCCCUCCCAACCGGACCCGGAUCCCAACCCGACCCCCAAUUUGGACCCUCCGCCCACCGAUCUUCCCAAACCCUCCUCCACCAGCUUCGAGUAUUGGGACGAGGACGAGUUCGAAGGCCUGCCCAUCCAACCUGAGCAACCACUUCAACAACCGCCCCUCGACGACCAGAAAAUUACCGAAAAUGCCACUCCCUCCUCCGAUUCCGAUCCCAAACCCUCCGCCGACCCCAGACCCCCUGCCGCAACUAGAUCGUUCGUCGUGGAGAUUGCGUGCGGAGGGUUCCUCAUCGUCUUCGCUAUCAACUACUUCACCGGAAAGCGGGUGAACGAGAACAUCGCCCUAGCUUGGGCUGCAAAAUUCGCGACGAAAGACUCGAUCUUCGAGAAGAACUUCAGCCUUUUGGGGGUCGGUGACGGCGACGACUCGCCGUUGCUGUUGAAGGAAGGGCAGAACGUGUUCAAGUUCUACGCGAGUGGGCGGAGGUGCUGCCAGGGGCUUUUGGCAACCAUGGAGCUCAAGAGCCGCCACGAUUUGAUCUCCUCCAUUUUCAACUUGGUGGUGCCGAGUAGGGACGAGAUCAAUCUCGAGGUUUAUAUGAAUGAUGAUGCGAUGGACCACGUGGUUUUCGCCGUGGCAAGGAAGAAGGCGGCCAAAGCAAUGCAGAAGGAGGUUCCCGACUUGCAGAAGUUUGCCGGGAUCCUGUCGCCGCCCACUGGAAGGAAGUGGGUUGCUGAGGACUUGGCUGUUAUCUCAGAGUCGAAGGAGGUAGCUGGGGAUUUGAUCACCGAGACUGUGCUUGAUCAGGUUUUUGGUGAGAAAGCUUUUCAGAAAUUUGGAAAGGGGUUCAUCUACAUGCAUUUUUCAGAUCAACAUCCGGGGACACACAAGAAGAUGCUUUUGUUCAAGUUUGCCCUACCAGAUGCCAGUAACAUGGCGGAUAUGACUCGUUUGGUGGCUCUGGUACCUUAUUAUAUUGAUUUGAUUGGGCGCUACAAACUAAGUAGUCAGGCUCGAUCAAAAACAGAAGCAAUCAGAUCAAAAGCUGCUCAAGAGGCUUACAAGGAACUCCAAAAUGCUAGGCAAGAGGCCUUGCAAAGAAAGAAGGCAGAGAGGAAAAAGAUGAUGGAGGAGGCCGAGGCUAAGCUCAGUGCAGAGAGUAUUCGCAAGAAAGAAGCAAAAGAGCGUGCUCGUCAGAUGAAGAAAGCAAUGCCGAAAAUAAAAAUGACCCGGGCUAGCUGAUUCUUGAAUUUUACUUGUCAUUGGUUCCUCUUCCUCUUCAUCUUCUAUUUAAUAUCCUUGUGAUAUCUAGCUGAGUCUUGCCUGCCAUAAGUUUUGGUUCCGCACCCUUGCAGCCUUGUACUGUUAAUUGUCUGAAUUAGUUUGCCUCUAACGUUAUCACAUCAAUAGGUUUUGAAUGUACCAAAACUCAAUGCCGCAAAACUCCCAGCAUUUCUUUGUUGACAUUUUUCGGAGCCACUCAUCUUUGUGCGUUAA